GGAAAGACCUUCAUCGGCAAGUGCAUAGCUUCGCAGAUCAAGUCCACGUUCUUCUCCAUUUCAGCGAGCUCCCUGAUCUCCAAGUGGAUAGGCAACAGCGAGAAGAUGGUGCGCGCGCUGUUCGCGGUGGCCAGGGUUUAUCAGCCAUCGAUCGUCUUCAUCGACGAGAUCGACUCUCUGCUGACGCAUCGCUCGGAGACGGAGCACGAAUCCUCCAGGCGGCUGAAGACGGAGUUCCUGUUGCAGCUGGAGGGCGUGGCGACGUUUGAGGACGAUCGCAUUCUGAUCGUCGGCGCGACCAAUCGGCCACAAGAUCUGGACGAGGCGGCGAGGAGGCGUUUCGUCAAGAGAUUGUACGUUCCUCUGCCGGAUCUCGAGGCGCGCAAGCAGAUAAUAACUAAUUUAUUGAAAUCGGUGGAUCACGAUCUUAACGAGGAGGAUAUCGCGACGAUCGCGGGGAAGACGGUCGAAUAUUCCGGCGCCGACAUGACGGAACUCUGCAAGGAGGCGAGCAUGGGGCCGGUC